UAGGACAGAAAGUAGCCCGGAGCUCUGCGGUUUUGCAGCACACAUACAAUACGUCCAGCGCGCCGGGUUGCGGCGCAGUCCUUUCGGGAGUUUCGGCAAUUUCACCAGGAGCAAUGGGGACAGUGGACGAAAUAUAACGUAAGAAGUCGGUCUAGGUCUCUUGAAAGCAGUCUGGAUUUGUAGAUAACCUGGGGACUUCCGUAUUUAUAUGGAUUGUAGACAUUUUUGUAAAGAGUCUGGUCGAGCGGAAGCCGUGUCUGAUGAGCUAUAAAGACUAGAUAAAGGCGGCCGGGAGAAGUUUGAAGCUCAUCCCAUGCACCAAGACCCCCACCGGAGGCUUGAGAUCGCAGCAUGGAUCUGGGCAGCGCCGUGAUUUUCUGGAUCGCACUCCUAUGCUUGGUGUUGGAGAAGCCGGGCGUCAGCGCCGAGCACAUGCAGUCCGACUACGGGCUGCCAGACCUCUGCCGCAUCGACGAGUCGCUGUGCCAGGAUGAAAACUCUCGUCUCAGCUUUGACGCCAUCCGCAGCAUCCACAAGCAGAUGGAUGACGACGCCAAUGGCAAUGUGGACGUCUUGGAGACUGACGGGUUCCUGAGGGAGGACCUGAAUUAUCAUGACCCCAAGGCUAAGCACAACACCUUCCACGGGGACGACCAAUUCAUCAGUGUGGAAGACCUGUGGAAAGCUUGGAAGGGCUCUGAAGUGUACAACUGGACAAUGGACGAUGUGGAGGACUGGCUCAACAACUACGUGGAGCUGCCUCAGUAUGCAGAGACCUUCCGGAAGAUGCAGUUCAAUGGCAGUGUCAUGCCCAGGCUUGCCACACAGAAUACAACCCUGACCCAGUCGGUGCUGAAAAUCCUGGACCGCCGGCACGCUCAGAAGCUGCAGCUGAAGGCUCUAGACACUGUGCUGUUUGGGGCUCCGCUCAUGAACAGACAUAGCCAUCUGAAAGACUUCAUGCUAGUGGUGUCUAUUGUGAUUGGCAUGGGCGGCUGCUGGUUCGCCUACAUCCAGAACCGCUACUCCAGGGACCACAUGAGCAAGAUGAUGAAGGAUCUGGAGGGCCUGCAACGGGCUGAGCAGAGCCUACAUGACCUGCAGCAGAAGCUGCAGAUAGCACAAGAGGAGCACCGCACUGUAGAGGUAGAGAAGGUCAACCUGGAGCAGAAGCUACGAGAUGAGAUCAACGCAGCCAAGCAGGAAGCUCAGCGGCUGAAGGAGCUACGCGAAGGCACCGAAAACGAACUGAGCCGGCAGAAGUACGCCGAGGAGGAGCUCGAUCAGGUACGCAUGGCUCUGAAGAAGGCCGAGAAGGAGCUGGAGUCCCGAAGCAGUUGGUCAGCACCUGAGCCUUUGCAGAAGUGGCUGCAGCUUACGCACGAGGUGGAGGUGCAAUACUACAACAUCAAGAAGCAGAACGCCGAGAGGCAACUGAUGGUGGCCAAGGAGGGGGCGGAAAAGAUCAAGAAGAAGAGGAACACUCUGUUUGGUACCUUUCACGUGGCACACAGUUCCUCGUUGGAUGAUGUGGACCACAAGAUUCUGGCAGCCAAGCAGGCUCUGGGCGAGGUCACGGCUGCCCUCCGUGAACGACUGCACCGCUGGCAGCAAAUAGAGGUCCUGACUGGCUUCACCCUAGUCAACAACCCGGGGCUGCCGUCCUUAGCUUCGGCCCUCAACCUGGACCCCAGCUUUGUGGGCGGCCGGGCUACACCUCAGCAUUUCAUCAUGUCCGACGACAUGGACGAUAUGGAUGAGGACAUCAUGUCUCCUGGGGCACUACAGUACGCCGCCUGGCAGAUGGGUCGCCCAGUGAACGAUCUCUGGUCUGUCAGUUCCGAACAUCAUUUGCUGUGGACCUCUUCUGGUUUGCCUGCCGUCCAAUCAGCUCCUCCUCUCCGGCCAAACUCACGGCAAUCACUUGAGCAUCACUGGGCAUGCAGCGAUCCGCAUGGGGUGGAAAUUGUGAAGGCUCCCAGUAUGAUGUCCUUACGCCAACGGCACAUUGACCCCCAGCUGGCUAUGGGCUCCCAGAGGUUGGUAGAGAGCUGUUUGUUGGCAGGGCACCAGGGAGAGGGCAGCUAUCCCACCAGGCCUAGGGCCCCCGCGCGCCCCUCACGAAGCCAGUCGUUCGGGCAGUUUGAAUCUGUCCCUCUACCUCCAUUAUCCUCUACUUUCUCUCACCCCUCCAUCGUCUGCCCAACUCCUCCAUCGCCUCUUCCUCUGCACCACUCCUCCUCUUCCACUCCUGCUGCUGUUAUGGUUGUCCCACCCACCUCGAUUGUCCAUCAUCCUGCUUAUUUCCAGCCAUUGGACACCAUCCCCGAUGUCCCCAACCUUUCCCUGGUGCAGUCCCAGCACUCCGGCAGCUUCGGGGAUCUUAACCGCUCUGAUUCUGACUCCUCCUUGUCGCUGUCCCAGUCUGGUGAACAGCUGCGUCUCUCGUCAUCUCUUGGCUCUAAGGGUCAUUCAGUGAAGCCCAGCUCCUUCCUGCAUGCCCACACGAGUCGUGGAGAUGAACCCGCCCACCUACAUGCUCAUACGACCCCCAAUGGUGGGAACCGCUUCCCGGAGGGAGGUGCCUGGCUGGAGGGGGGCCCAGACAGCCCCCUGCUCACAAAGAAGACGUAUGCCAUAGAGAAGUCAGCCAGUCUUGGCGAGAUCAACAGUGCCCUGGUCGGGCUCUCGCAGUCCGAGUCCUCACGCUCCAUAAGCCCCACUUCCACUGACCUCGAUACCCCUUCCCCUACCGGAGCACAGUCGCUCGUCGGCGGGAUCAAGGGUAGCAGCCGCCUUCCCCAGCUCUCUUCCAAGAAGAGCCCCCUGGAAGAAGACAGUGGCUCCACAGGGGAGGACACUGACUCCACAACUAGCCGCAAGAAACAUCCGUUCAAGAUCUUCAAAAAGCAGAAGAAGUAGUGGAGUGUGUUGCUCCGCCACAGACAGUUCAUCAAGCCCCCCCCCCCCCCCCCCCCCCCCCCCCCCCCCACCCCCCCUUUUUUUUUGAGAGAUGUCAGAUUUUCUCUCGCUGAAGUCUUUUUUGAGGAUCUUUCUGUCCUUUUUUGAGAUGAACUGUUAAGGGCGGGAGGGGAACAAGGAAAUUGAUAGAUUUUGUUUUCGUUAAGGAUUAAAAUAUAUAUCUACAAAAAUUGGAAUCGGUGGGCUUAUAUAUAUUGGAAUGUAAACUGCUAUUUAUUCUGCAGGAAUCGGUGCCAGUAUUUCUCAAGGAAUCCUCCUACCUGACGGUGUUCUUGUUUUAGUUACAUCUGUUUGCAUGUCUUCACCUUGGUUGAACUGAACUUUGAAUGCUUUUUGGUGUUUGCUUGGUUCUCGUCCUUCAGCUUAAGCUAUAUGGCCACUGCUGUUUGUUACUUCCCCUUUUGGUUUGGUGGUCAUACUAAACUCAGUUAAUGAUGAUGUUGGUUACCGAAUUGGGGGGGGGGGGGGGAGGCUGAACCAAAAACAAACAAACUACUUCCCAAAGAAAAAAGGCAUAGCAGGGUGUAGCUGAAGUCUGCUUGGGAACACUUAGGAAGUCUAGGGGAUCACUCCAUUUUUCCUAUUUCUAAUAAUAAUACUACUUGUGUUUCUCUGUCUCUGAUUUGAACAUUUACAUUGUGGUCAAAAGGUUACAUUUCUUCCACCCCUCCCCUAUUCUGUUCCAUUAAGAACUGACCAAGUUCUUUUCAUACUAAAACAUGUUAGACAUUUGAUGUCUUUCUUUGUUCCUCUUGAUGUUAAAUAUGAGUCUCGUUACUCUUAUGGUGGUUUACUGAGUCCCUGGAGCCCACAUAUCUCCAUGUGGUGCUGACAAGGAGAGCCUUUGGGCCUUUGCAGCCCCUACCAUGACCUCCCAGGGCUGGAAAAUGCUCUCACACCAGAGUGUCACCUGUGAUAUGUAAUCUGUGUUUUAUAGACACUUCAGAGAAUGUGCUGCAAGUCGUAUUUGUCAUGGUGUCAAAAAAUGAUGGGUAGGAGGGAGGCCUAGAUGCCAUAUAAAUUGGUAAUUAAGGUAGGAAGUUAGUUUAUUGGGGGAAGGAAACUGUUUUAUGAUAUUCUUAAGUGCUGUAUUUCCUUCUUCAAACACUAGAAUGGGUCUUCGUGUCCUGGAUGAGGGCUCCCCUGUCUGGCUGGGCAGAGCUCUCAUCCAGACUGUUAUUCUGGUGUUUGUAAAUACACUGUGUUCCUCUGUCCCCUACAUUCCUUGUGUGGAAUAGGGCAUGGAAGCUAAUAUUUUUGCUGUAAUUUACCAAAUAGCCUCGUGCUGAGAUUCUCAUGGACAGAUGGUUAGAAGCAUGAUCACGAUCAAGCAAACGAAACAGCCGUGAAUUGAAGGUGCAGCUCAAAACAGGACUGGAGCCAAAAUUACACAAGGAUCUGUGUGUGAUUCUAAAGUGGAUCAAUCUGUCUUCGGAACCCUGCAUCUUGCCUUAAGAACUGUCAGGUACCAUAGCAGUGCUGGCAGAACAAACCAUUCCCUCGCAGGGGGGGGUGUGGCUUUCCCAAAUAACGGUUAUGUUGGAAUUGUCAGUUUUUUCCUCUCUCCUUCCAUUUCCCUUAUUAUAGUUUAUGCUCCGCUUGGUCAUUUUUCAAAAAUGUAAUUUGUACCACUAUUGCACGUUGAAACUAAUGGGUGUGUGUGUGUGUGUCUGUGUGCGUGUUUGCGUGUGUCUGUUCUGUAAGCGUGUUCCUCGUCAGCUGCAUUGUUCCCUGCACUCCUGCAUGUGACCCAGUGCAAUGCCUGUGUUUAGAAGGGAGAUCCUUCUCUACUCCACAUGGCUGAUUUUUUUCUGAUUUUUACUUGGUCUCUGUUUAUGACGACAUAUCUUCACAAUGGGAAAAGAAAAGACUUUUUGCAUCUUCUGUGACUUUAGACUUUGACUCUCCAGAACUUUAUGGCACUCCUGCAUGAUAGCAAUAAACUAUUUUGAAUGAAA